AUGCGGAACAGUCCCGCGUGGUCCCUCUCCCAGACUCCGUCUCCUGCGCAAAAUUCUCCCCUCGGAAUGAUGAUGAAAGGCUUGGAUCCGGUGCUGGCACCCGGGGAUCCCCUUGACCCUUGUCCCUGGCCAGUCUCAUAUGCAGAUAACGACAUCUGGUCACAAUAUUCCGGUGGCCUAUUCUCUGCCGACUCCGAUGUCCUGCACCUCUCCCAAGCAGACUGGCAGAAUGCAGACCUGUCAGACAGCGGUAGUUGGGCCACCAACUCCCUCAACGAUUUAUCCAUGACCUUGUCGGACGCCCCAUUCGGCCAGCCUCCUCUAUGGACACCUAGCAGCGAUCCAUGUCUCUUUCCCAGCAUUAUACCCUCGCGCGAUCUCUCUGGUGAGAAUGUAGUAGACAUCCACCACCAACCCCGUGAUGGCAUUCCCACGCCGCCACCCUCGCAGCCUCAGUCGAAUCCGAGAACCCCUCAGGAGCCCAGCCACGGCACCGAACGUGUGGUCUCCUUGCUGCUCCUUCAACGCGGGGUUAACGUGAACGUCCAGGACUCACGCGGCCAGACCCCGCUGCACAUUGCCGCCCAGUGCGGGCAUCUGGGCGUGGUGCGAUUGCUACUCGCCACCGAACACAUCGAUGUCAAUGCUCGCGACCACCAUGGGUCGACACCACUGCAUGUCGCAAGCGAGAAGGGACAUGUUGAAGUGGUGCAGUUGCUAGUGGCUCAUGGAGCGCGCUUAGAUGCCCGGUCGGGCCGGACCGGAUAA